CGUUCUCUGCGCAGGUUUCUGCGCAUGCUAAUCACAACAUAGUAGGGUCGUGUGCUAUUUCAGUUAUUUUUUUAUUGAUUAUUGCUGAAAUAUUAGUGUACGUUAACCUGAAAUGCCACCAAAGGGGAAAGGUGGAAAGGGUGGUAAAGGAGCUGCUUCAGGGAGCGCAGACGCUGACAAGAAAGAGAAAGCCCCAAAGGGAGGGACUGCUGUGAAGGUCCGGCACGUCCUCUGUGAAAAACAUGGGAAAUGCAUGGAAGCAAUGGAGAAACUGAAGGCUGGAGUCCGUUUCAGUGAAGUAGCUGCACAAUACAGUGAAGACAAAGCCAGACAAGGAGGUGAUCUGGGGUGGAUGACGCGAGGGUCCAUGGUGGGACCUUUCCAGGAUGCAGCAUUUGCACUUCCUAUCAGCUCCAUGGACAAACCGGUCUACACAGACCCUCCUGUGAAGACAAAAUUUGGGUACCACAUCAUUAUGGUAGAGGGGAAAAAGUAACUCGGGCCAGUUCAGCACUUGAAAUUAGGACAUACACAUUUCCCAGUGUGCUGUAUUGUUAAACUUCUGAUGAUUUUCUUAUAUUUUUCAAAAUGCAUGAGAAUAAAAAAACAGCUGUGGUGUAGAAUA